AAUAAAUUCAUAAAAUUAUCGUUACUAUAUUACAACUUACCGUGAGACUGGGUUGAUAUAACAGACAUGUAAAAUUGGCUCAAAACCCAAACUUAACUCUGAUUUUGCUCAUUCUCAGCUUAGUCGCAGGGAGCACCUGGUGUUUACAGUCAGAAAUGCAGGAGACAUCACUUUCUGUCUUUCCUGAAGAAUGCAUCUUGAAGUUGCAUCUCCCCAGAGAACAUGAACCACACUUGCAUCUCUAAAGCAAGAAACCAUAGCAUGGACCCACUCGGGGGCCACCAGGUAUGGGAGGUGGUUCUGAUCGUGCUUGUGAGUGGACCUUUGUCACUUAUCACAAUACUCGGUAACCUCUUGGUGGUCAUCUCCUUCCGGGUCAACAGUCAGCUACGGACCAUCAGUAACUACUAUCUGCUGAGUCUGGCAGUGGCAGAUUUAAUAUUAGGUACUGUGUCGAUGAACCUAUAUACUGUGUACAUAAUAAUGGGUCGCUGGAUAUGGGGCCAUUUAGCCUGCGACCUGUGGCUGACAGUUGACUAUGUAGCAAGCAACGCCUCUGUGAUGAAUCUGCUGGUUAUAAGCUUUGACAGAUAUUUCUCAGUUACCCGACCGCUGACUUACCGAACCAAACGCACACCGAAGAAAGCAGCAGUGCUGAUUGCCCUUGCAUGGUUGGUAUCAUUUGUGCUAUGGGGACCCGCUAUCCUAAUUUGGCCUCGUGUGGUGGGCCGACAAGCCGAAGCUGAAACUCAGGACUGCUCUAUACCCUUCCUGAAGGUGCCUACUUUAACAUACGGUACAGCCAUAGCUGCGUUCUAUCUACCGGUCACAAUAAUGAUCAUUUUGUAUUGGCGAAUUUAUUGGGAAAUUGAGAACAGAGCAAAAGGACUUGCAAGUUUUAUUGGGACUGUGCAAAACACUAAGGCUAUAGUUGGUUUAGACACACAAUCCAUGUACCAGGACAGUCUCAAGAGCAGCUAUAGUUGCUCAAAGGAAAGAAAUUUCAGAAAGGGCAAAGAAAAACACGAAGGCAUGCCAGAUGGAUGUUUUCCCUGGAAACAAAAUUCUCUAAAUUCAACGAGAAAUAAAAUGGCAGCCAUUUUGGAAAAGUCAACACAUGAGAGUUACAGCAACAAAAGCUGGAACACUGAAGAUGAGGGUGUCCCGUUUUCCUCUACAGACAAUGAACAUGAACAGAACAGUAAGGCAAGAGCGAAUUCAUCCGAACCGGCUGUGAUUAAGUUAAAGGAUCAGCCAUGCAAAUCAGAGGAACCGUUUGCAAAAGCAACAAAUGAAUCACCAAAGGGUCCCACGGAGCAACCCCUCUCUAAAACAUUCAAAAAGUCAGACAACGAGCCCAGAGCAAAGCAUCGCCUCAAUAUGAUCAUUCGGGAAAAGAAAGCCGCCCGAACGCUGAGUGCCAUCUUGCUGGCUUUCAUCCUAACGUGGACGCCGUACAACAUCAUGGUUUUGGCUUCCAUUUCACACUGUGUUCCAGAAAAACUCUGGCAGCUCGGAUACUGGCUGUGUUACGUGAACAGCACAGUUAAUCCUAUGUGCUACGCCCUCUGCAACGAGUCCUUCCGGUUCACCUUCAAGGCACUGCUGCUUUGUCGCUGUGGAGAUAAACGAAAGUUGGACACAAGCAGCUGGACUCGCACUGCUUCUGCAAAACCGAAAAAAACUUGUAAUAAUGUAUAAUCUUUGAGUUUGUUUGUUGUUCAGGAUUCAAAUAUAGUAUUUGGCCAACAAUGGUAUAUCAUAGGGUUUACGUUUACUCUCAUUCAGCUGCCUAAAGUCUACAUUUUUCUAUAACUGUGUGUUUUUUCCUUUAGCCUUUACACAUGCAUUCAUUUUGAAUUCAGUUUCGACUAGAGCCUGACCGAUAAAGGAUUUUGAAGGCAGAUACCGAUACAAAUGUUUGAUGGUUUUAAAAUCCGAUAUUCCGAUAUAUCGGCGGGGGUUUUUUUUCCAGAAACGCGCAACAAAACAUUAACAGAUUUCCCUAACAUAAGUUAUUUGUAGUUAUUUAUGAGUUUUAACUAAAAUAAUAUGAUAAUGCAUUUUAAAAAGAAACUUGUUUGACCAUGAACUCACGUUGUUCUCUCUGCCCGACUCUGGCUGGAUUAGCAGGUUGCAGGAUGUGUGACGCGUUAUACACAAGUAUUGCCAACAGGGAGUUUGUAGAGUGCCCUCUGGUGGACAAACUACACAACGGCAACACUCAUGACAUGGUCGAAGGCUCUUUCGCCGGGUUUUUUGUUAAUAUUCAUUUAUCAGCCAUUAUGAAUGCCGAUACCGAUAAUUUGGAAAAUGCCUAAUAUCGGCCGAUAAUCGGCCUGCCGAUAUAUCGGUCGGGCCCUAGUUUCGACCACACAGCACAUCCAAAAAUAAUUGUAUGCCAUUUUUACCUUGCCUUACGCAUAGAUGGAAUGCAUAAAGCAAUCAUUUGGAGGGUUUCCUAAAUACAGAUUCAUUACAAAAUGUCACAACAUUCCAUUAAGAAAAUUCUUUCCAUUAGCAGUAGUGUGUUAAUGUGAAAAUUUACUCAACAUCCGACCAAAGUGUUGUGACAACAGCUCUUAAAAAAGUAUUUUGUUGCUACAUGGGAUUACUACAUAAUGUUUUGCAAUGAACAUCAGUCUAAUAAACAACAGCAGGGAAAUGUGUUUGGAGCAACGCAGUCAGUUUGAGUUUCAUUUUACAGAUCAAAUGUAAAGGUCAAAUUACUUAAGCAUUUGUGUUUAUGUUUUUUUUUACUUAUCUUCAAAUAUGUGACCCUCAAAAUUAAUGAGCAUUAAAAUUUGAUGAUCUUUGACAUGAUCUUACUCAGUCAAUAUUAAAGAUAUCAAGAUUACACUUUUUACAGAAUGUUCUUUAGAUCAUGUGAAAUGAUUUUAUGUAAAAAAGACGACUUUAGCUAGUUUUCAGAGGCAGGGUCACAUAUACACAAUGUACAGUACUGUGCAAAUGUCUUAGGCCACCAUGUCACAAGUAGAUUUGUUGUUUUUCCAAUGUUAUAGUGAUCAUAUAUAAUUGUUUCUCAGUCUUUUUAAUAGAAUACAUCCAGAAAAUACAGGAAAUGUGUAUAUAGUAUUAAAAACUGUAUGAAAAUGUAAACUGAUGUGUCAAGUUUUUAGGGUAAACUCCUCUUCCACUUGAGCAAUAGCAGGAAACUGCAGGAUCUCUUAAACCUAAAUGAAAUUCAAUCCUAAUUUCAUAAUUUUAAAGAAAUUAGUCUUUUUACUUCAUUCUGCUCAAAAACACUCAAGAUGUGUUUAGUGCCAAGAGAGGUCACACUAAACACUGACUAUGCCUAAAAACGACAUUUAGUCCUGAAAAUCUAAUUUGGUUUUUUUUGUACAUAUUUCCUGUUUGUAUCUUCAUAAAAUAGAUUGAAAAUAAAUAUAAAUGGACAUUAAAACUUCUAAAACAACAAAUCUGGUGUUGCUGGUUUAACACUUUUGCACAGUACUGUAUGUGGUACAGCUAUCAAGUAAAGAUGAAUAAAG